CUGAGAUAAUUGAUUUAUCCACACCGGACAAAACGACGCCUGAAGCGACGGGAGAUUCUCCUGGUAUUCAGAGAGAGCGAGAGAUGGAGGAGGAGAUGCACCCAGCGGACGAAGGUCUCUCUGCGCCCAAAAUCUGCAGACAGGAGCAGGAGCAGCGAAGCCCAUACAGCUCUCUCAAGACCUUCCCGAGCAAGCGCGCGGCGGGCAAGGCGAGAUAUGAAAGACACACAAUGGUGGACAUCCCGCAGCUAGGAGAGCAUCCUCAUCAUCUCAGUCAUCAGCACCAGCAGUACUCACAGCACAUGCCGCUUCAGCAAACCUCCCUGUCCAUCAGCAGCAGUCAGCAGCACCGUCUCAACUGCGAAAUCAGGCCAAGCAACAGCAGCAGCAGAGUCGCGACAUCCAGCGCAGCAUCAUCCGCGGGGAGCGCAACAGCGGCGGCGGCAACAUUUGGCAGCCAGAGGAGGGUCGCCGGCCUGGUGUCCAGCAGAUACCCGUCGGGUCGCGCCGAGCUUGUCCAGUCUCCAGACUGCACUUACGGAAUAAGCUCAGAAAACCGUCUCAUAUUGGAUGCUUUUGCUCAGCAAUGCAGUCGAGUCCUCAGCCUCCUCAACAGCAACGGACGGCUCCUUGAGCCCCAGCCCUCCAUGGUUCCUCCAUCUUCAUCCAUCUCCACUCUCAUAAAACAAGAGGACAGCUGCAUAUCUUCAGGAGAUAGGCUCAGUUCCAAGCCCAGACCAGAGUCAUCAUCUCUGGAGAACGCAAGUGAGGGGAACCAACCAGGGAACCACUGGAACCAGCAGCAGACUUCCACUUUCCUCCAGAUUUUCACAGAGUCUCUACAGAACUACCUGCUCUCUGGAACACAGUCAUCAGACAGUGAAAGGUGCCGGCCAGUAGAUGCUGAGCCAGCAGUAUCAGGGUCACCUGGACAAAACUUGGGCGGCUGGGCGUCACCAGCACCAUCUGAGUCAUAUGGACACCCCUCGUCCACGCUGCCUGAGGAAGAUGAGGAAGAGGAAGGAUGUUGUCCACGCUGUAUAGAGCUGGAACAGGAAGUUCUUAGUCUACAACAGGAGAACGAGGAACUGAGACACAAACUGGGCAGCAUACCAGCUCCUUGCCAGAAUGUUCUGGACUUCUUUAAGACUGUUCUUCAACACUACAAUCAGUUCGUUCAGCCCCAGCCUGAAGAGCAGCUUACUGAGGGCAGUAAGCAGCUUCUGGGGAACUAUCCUCUCUUCAUUACCAAUAAGCAAUGGGACGAGGCAGUCAAUUCUUCAAAGAAAGAUGGCAGACGGCUCCUGCGUUACCUGAUCCGGUUUGUGUUCACCACAGAUGAGCUGAAGUACUCAUGUGGCUUGGGGAAGAGGAAGCGUUCAGUUCACACAGGGGAAACGGGACCGGAGAGACGACCUCUGAACCCUGUCAAGGUCACCUGUCUCAGAGAGUUUAUCCGGAUGCACUGUGCUUCUAAUCCUGACUGGUGGAUGCCGUCUGAGGAGCAGAUAAAUAAAGUCUUCAGUGACGCAGUGGGGCACGCACGGCAGGGCCGGGCGGUUGGCACAUUCCUGGGCAAUGGGGGCAGCUGUAGCAGCAGCAGUGGCAGUUUAUACAUGGAGAGCUACGACUCUCUCUCACAGCUCUCUCAAGAUGAGCUCUAUCUGAAGGGCUCACAGAACAGCCUAGGGGACUAAAGAAGACUCGUACGCCUUAAGUUCACUAUUCAAGUCAUGGAUCAAGUUGGGGGGGAUUCCUUUGCUGUCAGUAUCUUUUGGAUCAUACAGACAGUUCACAGAACUUACUUGAUGGUAAAGGUCUUUUUUGAACCAAUGUUCAAUGUCAUUCUGCUUGAUUGCUGUAUAUAUCCUUAUUUCUUCCUAAAGUUUUUCCUAAUGUGAUUUCCAGACUAAAUGGUAAACAUUCCAUUUAUAUGCUUUUCCAUCGUCAAUGUUAAAUGGUUGAUGGGCAGCAGAGUUGGUUGAAUUCUGCUAGCUUUCGCAGUCAUAGUCAUAUAGAUCAAAUUAACAUUACUUGAUUUUUCUCAUCUGUAUUUUUUAAUGGAUUUGGCUUUAUUUUCUGCUGUAAUUCAGUACACAAUGGUAUCAUUUAUGAAAAAUCAGGUUUAUCAUCCUUCAUUUCAUAUCUGUCUCCCCAUUUGUUCCAUUAAAUGUGAUUAAGAAUGUGAUCCACUAUAGCAACAUGAAUGUAUUCAUAGUUACUUUAUCACUGUAAAAAAAUGAGAGCUUCCAUGUGUGUUCAUGCAGAUGGCCAGCAAAUGAAGGUGCUAUUAUAACGUUCAGUUAUUUUCUCAGAUAAGGCUGAAUUUAAAGUGCCACUCUCUAUUUUAACUUGUGAUGUUGAAUAAUCUGUAAUGUUUAUAAAACUUUGAUGUUGCAAAUAUCAGUUUCAUGGUGGCUGCAGGAUCAUAUCACAUCACUGUAUUACCAACUCUACAAUUCAUGUGCAUUUGUGAAGUCUAAUGUGGCUUCCUCAUCUUUACUCUGACUUUAGAAAUCCAGUACGGAGGCUAUGUUGUUGUUUGUAAUUUGUGUUGCUUCUUCUGGAUUCUAG